AUGAAGUUCAUCUCCGUCUCCCUCGCCAUUGUCAUCUCCCUCACCUCUUUCGCUGCAGCGUCUCCUGCUCCUGCUCCUGCUCCCGCUGAGAUUGUUAAGAGAUGUUCGGUUUUACACUGCCGCGAUGCCGACCCGUCUACUUGCUGUUCCGAUAAGUACGGAUACUGCAACACGGAUACUGGUGAAUGUCACUGUGGAAGGGACUGCAUUUAG